AUGGCACAGUGGUGGCAGAUUCUCUUGGGGUUGUGGAUGGUCAUGCCCACCUCAUCGGGGGACAAGCCAGUCAACAUCUGCAUGAAUGCCAAGCACCACAAGCGAGAGCCUGGCCCAGAAGACAAGCUCUACUUGGAGUGUGCUCCCUGGAAGGACAAUGCCUGCUGCACGCCCACCACAAGCUGGGAGGCCCACCUGGAUGAGUCCUUGCUCUUUAACUUCAGCAUGAUGCACUGUGGACUGCUGACCCCCAUGUGCCACAAGCACUUCAUCCAGGCUAUCUGUUUUCACGAGUGUUCCCCCAACCUGGGGCCUUGGAUCCAGCCGGUGGCCCCGAACAGGCAAGAAGAACGGGUUUGGGGUGUGCCACUGUGCUGGGAGGAUUGCGGGGAGUGGUGGAAAGACUGCAGCUCAUCUUACACUUGCAAAUCCAACUGGCAUAGUGGCUGGGACUGGAGUCAGGGGAAAAACCGCUGCCCAGUACAGGCGCCCUGCCGCCCUUUCUCAGAUGUAUUCCCCACCCCCACUGAUCUGUGUGAGAAGAUCUGGAGCAACACAUUCAAGGCCAGUCCUGAGCGCAGGAAUAGCGGCCGGUGUCUGCAGAAGUGGUUUGAGCCCACCCAGGACAACCCUAACGUGGAAGUGGCCCUCCACUUUGCCGGCUCUGCCUCAGCCCGGGAGCUUCCUUACAGCCUCACAGCCUUCUCUCUGUACCUGCUGCUCCAUUCCUGA